AUGGGGAAGCGGCACUUACAUGUGCAUACUAAAUCGGACACCCAGAAUAUCGGGAAGCGCAACAACGGGUUGAGCCUACUGGUGAAGGUGGAGUGGAAAGGCAGUCACUUUCGCUUUCGCUGCCCAAGUCGCCACACAACACUACUCACUCUCCCCCACCCCCAGUGGACUCCACAAGCUGAGCGGGGUGAAGGUCUCCAAGAUGGCGGAUGCUCAUCAUACCCAGCUACACACGGCAUGCAGCUGCAGCAGCCUGAUGUGCCAGGCCCCAGUAAUAAAGCAAGGGACAACCUUGAUAAUAUUUCUGACCGAUUCUGGGCUCAGCUGCUGGCUCACACCACUGCCAGCUGUGGCUAUUCAUGUACCACUUACAAGGACCAAGUUUGCAGCAAGUAG